AUGACUGCCAGCAAAAAACCUGGGAACCGAGAAUGCAAUCAUCCUUGUAAAAGUAAACAUACAUGUGGACAUGACUGCUGUAAAAUUGGUGUUGCACAGAAGUCAGAAAUUAAAGAGUCAACAAUUUCUUCAUAUUUAUCUGAUUUAAGAAACAGGAACGCUGUUUCAUCUGUUCCUCCAGUUAAAUGUCUGAAGAUACAGAUGAGUAAAUCUCAAAGUGUGGACCUUAAAGAGUUUGGUUUUACUCCAAAACCUUCCCUUCCUAGUAUAUCGAGGUCAGAAUAUUUAAACAUAUCUGAAUUUCCUAUAACGGAGCAGUGGGAUCAGCCUGAAAUCUAUGGAAAAGUUAGACAAGAACCAUCUGAAUAUCAAGACAAAGAAGUUUUGAAUGUGAACUUUGAAUUGGGAAAUGAAGUUCGGGAUGAUUUUGAUGAGGAAAACUUAGAAGUUACUAGCUUUUCAACUGAUACUGAGAAGACAAAAAUAUCAGGAUUUGGAAACACUUUGAGUUCAAGUACCAGGGCAAGUAAGCUACCCCUUCAAGAGUCAAAGAGCAAAUUCCAAAGAGAAAUGUCAAACAGUUUUGUUUCAUCACAUAAGAUGUCAGAUAUUUCUUUAUCAAAUUCUGCUAUGCCCAGGUUCAGUGCAUCCUCCAUGACAAAAUUACCUCAACAAGCCAAAAAUGCCGUUCUUGAUCAUUUCCAAGAAAGAAAACCACAAAAUCUGUCACCAGAGAUUGAGAAGCUAUGCUUUACUUGCUCUGAAAAAAACCCAAAUUCUUCAAAUUAUAAAAAAGUGGAUUUUAAAAUUAGAAACAGUGAAUGUAAAAAGGAAGUUGAUUUCAGUAUGUAUCAUCCUGAUGAUGAAACUGAUGAAAUGAAGUCUUUAUUGGGAAUAUUUGAUGGUAUUUUCUAA